AUGCUUCGACAACGACUUCCAGUCCUAACCACCAAGAGAUUCAAUGGAAAUUUCGUCAAAGCCGCUGGUUUUGACGAAAAGACGAAAGACAAAGAGUACGGGUCGAGGCCGUUGUUGAUUCGAGACGAAAUGAAUGCGUUGACCUAUGAAGGAGUUAAUUUGAGGGUUGGGCAGUACGCAAACUUGCUCAGCAGCAAGUACGGACUCGGUGUAGGUUCAUUUGAUAUUGUACUUGAAGUUUAGACGAUAUUGCACUUGAAACUGGUGUAAAAUGGAAGCUGAUAAGCUAAAAACGAAGUCAGAGCUAUCCUCUAACUUUUAUAACGAGCAAUUGCUUUUUUACACGUAUUUUUUCAUCAAAUUCGUUAAAACUAUCUUGUCCAUCAAGUGCAAUAUAAAUUUUGGCCAUUUCAGAAAGGAGACCGACUGCUAUCGAGAACCACGAAAACAGUAGAUACUGUAGCCUUAUAUCUCGCUACUCUCAGACUUGGAGCCAUCUACAUUCCUCUCAAUCCGGAUUAUACGACGAAAGAAACGACCCACUUUGUGAAUGUAAGUCAAAACAUUUUUCGAUUAUUUUUCUGGUGUUUAGGAUGGAGAGCCUAAAGUCUUGGUCUCCUGUGAAGCCCAGAACGAUAAAGUCUUCGAAGACAAAGGAGCUCGAGUUGUUGAUGAGAAAGAGCUGGCCAAGGAGGCGAAUUCCCAAAAGCCCGCAUUGGAGGUGGAGAAUGUCAGUCAAGACGAUGUUGCGACAAUUCUAUACACUAGCGGGACUACUGGUGAGCUUUAUUAGCUACUUUGAACGUUGAGGCGUCUAUUAGAAAAAGAAUUGGGCUGUUUUACAUUGUUUUAGAUUGAUUUUUUUCAAUUUUGGCAUCACAUGGCAUAGAUAAUAUAAUUUUUUGCUCAAAACUUACUUUUCUUUUAUUCUUUUUGUUUCCAGGUCUUCCCAAAGGAGCCAUGUUGACUCACAGAUGUCUUCAAGCGAACGGCGAGGCGCUGGCGGACUUGUGGAGGUUCACCAAGGACGAUGUUCUUCUUCAUCAGCUCCCCUUCUAUCACAUUCACGGAAUGUGCAUUACUUUCAGCACAACCUUGAUGAGCAAGUCCUCGACCAUCUUCAGACCCAAAUUCGAUGUCGAUGACGCUUGCCAUUGGAUGCCAAAGUCGAGUAUUUACGUCGGAGUCCCGACUUAUUACACGUAAGUGAUCUUGGAUUUUUUUUUGAUUUUUAGAUUCCUAAAUCACUGAUUCUAUCGGAUUAUUGAGCUUCAUAUGACAGAUUAUGAUAUAGUUUUUCAAUUUUAGCCGAUUGAUGGCUGAUACGAACAAGUUCAACAAGGAGGUUUUCAAAAAUAUCCGAGUUUUCAUCUCCGGAUCAGCGCCAUUGACUCCGGCGACGUGGAAUGGGUUCAAAGAACAUACCGGACAUCCGAUCCUGGAACGUUAUGGCAUGAGUGAAAGUAAGGAUCUUAAUUUGGCUGUUUUUUAAGGAAAAAUUUUUAAAAAAGUACCAUGUAUAAUAUAAAUUUGUUGCCAAAAAUGGCUGGAAAUUUGAUUGCCACUCUGAAUAGGUUUGAGAAUGAUAGAGGAUGAAUGAUUUUUUGAUUUUUUCACUUUUGGACAUUGUUUUAGACGGAAAAAAACAUUAUGCCAAAAAUGGCGGGAAUUUGAAUUUUUAAAUUUCCCAAUACCGUAGAAAGUGGGCCUAUAGGCUUACUAGAUAAUUGAUGGUGUUUUUUUCACGUUUUGACAUUGUUUUAGACGGUAAAAACAUAAUGCCAAGAAAGGCGGGAAUUUGAAUUUUUGAAUUUCCUAAUACCGUAGAAAGUGGGUUAUAGGCUUACUAGAUAAUUGAUGGUGUUUUUUCUUACGUUUUGACAUUGUUUUAGACGGUAAAAACAUAAUGCCAAAAAAGGCGGGAAUUUGAAUUUUUGAAUUUCCUAAUACCGUAGAAAGUGGGUUUAUAGGCUUACUAGAUAAUUGAUGGUGUUUUUUCUUACGUUUUGACAUUGUUUUACAAGGGAUCGGCAAAUAGUUGUACCCUGCUUUCUUAACGAAACCUAUAUCAUUUGAAAGAGCAUUAAAAAUAGUUCACAGCGCAAAAAGAAUUAGCUGCCUAAAUUCACUUUGGACAAACUUAUGGCCAAAAUACAGAUUUUAGCCUAAUUUCCACCUCGCUUUAUAAGCUCUCGGAACGGGAACAGAGUUGUGUCCAGUUGGCCGAGUGGUAGUGGGCCCACUUCCGGCGCGGCGAGUCCUGGUUUCGAAUCCGGUCUUUGUAAAAAUUUUGCGCUUCGUCUCUUAUAUGCCACAAAACCAUGGUAUGUUGACAUUUUUUAAUAAUUUUUGUUCCUCUGCAGACAAAAUCCAUGGUUAUGCAAUUUUUCUGAGUUUUUGAAUUUUUUUGAAACGACCACAAAUUUGAUGGUGAUGAGAGUGGGUAUGUCACUAUCGUAUAAUUACAAGGGUGUUGUGCCAGUAACCUGACCGAUUAUAAUUACUGGAGGAUAAUUCAAUUUACAAGGGCCUAUAAAUAUACAUUUUUUCGAAAAAAUACGAAGAUAAAAUUGUAAAAUCGGCCAAAGACACUAUUGCUGACACAGUGGACCAACCAUUCAUUUCCUAGCAUUGGUAAGGCUAGGACAUAAGAAAUUUUCGAUUUUGAAAUUUUCGUUUGUGAAUGACCACGACGAUCAUAUAAAUGUAUUUCCAAAGCUUUUUGCUCCAAUUUUCCCCUUAACCUAGUUUUAUUUACAAUUUACUGUAACUAGCAGUAAUGUCUAAUAACAUAUAACCGAGGAUUGGUAAAGCCAUAAAACGACCGUGAUAGACGUUUUUGGAUACCAGGAAAUUAAUAAAGACGAUUUCAAACCGCCAGUAUUACUGUAAUAUAAGGAACCGGCGUUUUGGCCGCAUAUAACCCCUUUCAAAAAGCGGUCGUAUCUAUGCCCUAAGGUAAUUUAGGCAGCUAAUUUUUUUUGCGGUGUGUACUAUUUUUAAUGCUCUUUCAAAUGAUACAUGUUUCGUUAAGAAAGCAGGGUACAACUAUUUGCCGAUCCCUUGUUAGACGGUAAAAACGUUAUGCCAAAAACGGCGGGAAUUUGAAUUUUUAAAUUUCCUAAUACCAUAGAAAGUUGCGAGAAAGGCUUAGUAGACAAUUAAUGGUAUUUUUUCACUUUCAGACAGUGUUUUAGACGGUUAAAACAUAAUGCCAAAAAUGGCGGGAAUUUGAAUUUCUUAGUCUGAUGGGUUGGGGAAAGCACUAUAAAUGAUGAAUUAUGUGUUUAAAAAGUGUUUAUUUAUUUGUUCCAACAAUUCUGGGCUAUUUCCGACGCCUCGAACGGAAUGCCAAAAAUGGCGGGAAUUUGAAUUUUUUAAUUUCCUAAUACCGUAGAAAGGGGCCUGUAGGCUUAAUAGAGAAUUAAUGGUAUUUUUCACAGCCUUGGCAUCCAUUUCGAACCCGUACGAGCCCGAGAAACGCGUCCCCGGCUCGGUUGGAGUGCCCGUCCCGGGAAUGUCGGUGCGCCUCGGCGAGAAUGACGUCAUUGAAGUGAAAGGUCCAUCCGUAUUCAAAGGAUAUUGGAAGUUGCCGGAGAAAACGAAGAGCGAAUUCACCGCCGACGGCUACUUCAAAACCGGCGAUGUUGGGCAGGUCGACGAAAAUGGAUACUAUCAUAUUAUGGCCAGAGAAAAGGACAUGGUCAUCUCGGGAGGGUUCAAUGUCUAUCCAAAGGAACUCGAGGACACCAUCGACACGAUGAAGUUGGUCAAAGAGGCUGCGGUGAUCGGUAGGACGAGAAUUUUGAGGUUGAUAUUGUAGUAGUGGGAUCAAAAAAAAUUAGUGUAAUGUGGAGAUGAGUGGGUAAAUAGGGUAGACAAUAAUUUUAUGAGGUGUUUUAGAUGCUGAGAGUUUAAUUUUAUCAAGUUUUGACCGAAAUAUCGCAAAAAAUUUUUGAUGGUUUUGUCAUGGAUAAUAUAAUUUUUUCUUUCUAAAGGGCUAAAAUUAAGUCAAAUUGGUUAGUUAGUAUUGUAAGAGUAAUUCUAUGAUCAAUUGCGCUGAUUUGGAACGAAAAAAAUGGAUUUUGGACCUAAUUUUAGACACUAAUUUUUAGGCGUUCCCCACCCCGAUUUUGGCGAAGGUGUGGUCGCGGUUUGUGUCCCACUCCCCGGCACCAACAACGAAGAAACGGCCAAGAAAUUGAAGGCCGAACUCAAGACCCGGCUCGCCAAUUACAAACGCCCCAAGAAGUACAUCUUUGUGGAGGAGUACCCGAGAAAUUUCAUCGGAAAAAUCCAGAAAAACAAGCUCAGAGAGCAGUAUAAGGACCUGUUCAAGGCCUAA